UCAAUAAUUCCUCAAUUCCGCUUGCCAAAGUGGAACUAAAAAUGGGACAAAAUAGUUCAGAAAUAGUUAAACCUGACAAUUUACCAGAUCAACGAGAUUGCACUCUUUCUUUUCCGGUAUACCGAACUGAGGAUAAAACACUAGGAUUUUUAACUUCUUAUCUUUGUGCCAGAGAUUCUAUUUUUGUAAAUGGAGAUGAUGCUGGUAGUGCGGAUCAACUUUAUAAUCUUCUCUCUGAUCCCGGUUUAGAUUAUACUUUCGUGGUGCCAACUUCUGACGAACCUUUACCAAUAAUCCCUACUCCUAGUCAGAAUCUCUCGGUUGGAGAUAAAGUUUAUACUCAUGGGGGAGACAGCGGCAUGACACAAGGAGUAAUUUUGGAAACUGGUGUAAAAAUAAUUAAAGUGCAAAUGAGCAAAAUUUAUUCUGGGAGUUGCCUUGGUGCUCCGGUUUAUAUUCCUUUGCCAGUUCCUGAUUCUGAUCAAAUUCUUGAUGAUAGUAAAUUAAUCAUAGCCAGUGGCGAUUUAAGUUAUCUUUUGCCACCUAAUAAUACGGAGUCUAGUAAUGAUUCUUUGGCUGAUGAUUUG